AUGGUCUCUGGCUUCAUCUGCAAAGUUGUGGAGUACCCGGCUGACACCAUCAAGGUGCUGGAGCAGACUGGUGGGAGCCGCUUCUCUGGGCCCUUGGAUUGCUUUUCCAAGACCUUGGCCGAGUCCGGUUUCUUCUCACUCUACCGUGGCCUCUCUGCUCCCUUGCUGGGCUCCAUGGCGGAGUGCGCCAGCCUCUUCGUCUCCUACGGCUAUGUGAAGAAGUUCCUGGGCGUCGACGAGGAGGCGGCCACGUUGAGUGCUCCAGUGCCCUUCUGGAAGCUGGUGCUCGCUGGGGGUGGCAGUGGCUUCGCCUCCACCUGCGUGUUGACACCUGUGGAGCUCAUCAAGUGCAGACUGCAGGCACAGCUGAACCAGCCGACGACCAGCCAGAGCUACCGAGGACCCAUCGACUGCAUCCUGCGCACAGUGCGUGCGGAGGGCGUCACAGGCUUGUGGAGAGGGAACUUGAGCACAUUAGCGCGAGAGGUGCCAGGGAAUAUGGCCUGGUUUGGGGUCUAUGAAGCUGGCAUGAGACUGGUUCAGGAGGCUCAGCAGUUGGAAAAGAAGAAGGACGUCGCCCUCCAGUGGUCUGCCCUGUCGGGCUCCGCGGCGGGCGUGGCCUACUGGGCCCUGCCCUUCCCUGCUGACACCGUGAAGUCGAAGAUCCAGUCGACGGAUGCACGAUUCCAGAGCCAGUCUUUCAUCUCGGUCUUCAAGACCAUCCUCAAAGAGGAGGGCGUCAAAGGUCUCUACAAAGGUUGCGGGAUCACCUGCCUUCGUGCUAUCCCUUCCCACGCGUUGAUCUUCUACUUCUACGAGGUCUGGAUGGUUUGCCGGUCCCGGGGUCACUGGAAAGAUGGGGUUGGAAGAUGCGGUUGGUGGACCUGGAUCACUUGCCCGUGGUACAUCCCCAAAACCCCACCCAGCCGCUUUGGUGGGGCAGGUUUCCUGGGUCAACUGACCCGUGCAGGUUUCGUUGGCUGUCAGUGUCUUUCCCUACGAUUGUCACCCGGGUCUUGA